CCGCUCCCCCCGCCCCUGCCGCGGCCUGGGCGCUACGCGAGCGCGGGGAUCCGCCGCGGCCUGCGGGCCGCCAUGGCCGCCGAGGUGAAAUCCAAGCUGUCCAAGAACCUGCUGCGCAUGAAGUUCAUGCAAAGGGGUUUGGAUUCACAAACUAAAAAACAACUAGAAGAGGAAGAAAAGAAGAUAAUUAGCGAUGAACACUGGUAUCUUGAUGUACCAGAUCUAAAGGAAAAAGAGAGCUGUAUAAUUGAAGAGAGAAGCUUUGUGCGGUGUGAGGAUCUGGUUUAUGGCAGAAUGUCCUUCAAAGGAUUCAAUCCAGAAAUUGAGAAGUUAAUGAUCCAAAUGAACUCCAAGUGCAAGGAAGAAGAAAUUGAAGUGGAUGAUAAAAUGGAAGCUGAUGUGUCAGAUGAAGAAAUGGCCAGAAGAUACGAAACAUUAGUGGGAACAAUAGGGAAGAAAUUUUUGAGAAAGAGAGACCAACAUGUUCUCAAGGAUGAUGAUGAAGAUGAGGAAGCUGAUGAAGAUAGGAAUAGUAACAUAAUACCUAGGAAAAAAGCUAAGAAAAUGUUCUUAAAACCUCAGGAUUAAUGUCAACUGCACAAGUGGAGCCAAUAGAAAUGUUACCUAAUGCCUACCAAACAGAGUAUCACGGACUGGAGACUGUUUGGAGAUUUUGCUAUUUAAUGUAAAGGGUGGAUUUGUAAAUCUGUUCUGUUCUCACUGAAAUUUCAGCCAUCCACGACAGACAUUUUUCAAAGUGGAUGUGUCUAUGAUGGAUGUCAUACAUCCUUUCCUCCCUCAGCAGCUUUUAACGUGGGGCAAUAAUCCCACCAGUCUCUUUAAAUGUUGUGCAUAACUAGAUCAAGUGUCACGUGCAAUGGAGAGCCAUGUUUUUUACAAUUUAAGAUAACAUCUGAAAGAACUAUUAAAAGCAAAGAUGAGCUGUGUCCAAUUCAGUAAGGCAGCUCAGCUUCCCCUGCUUUCUUUAUUAUGAAAAUCAAAACUUUUGCUGUCUUCAAAUUGAAAAAAGUCAGCAGAAGCAUGUUUGUCAUGUGAUUUAUUUUUGAUUUUUUACUGUGCUAAAAAUAAGAUGGGAGAAGAACAGAGAUAAAAUCCACUUUAUUGAAUUUUAUUUUUUAUAAAGUUUAUUUAAAAACAGAGGAUUUUGUAGUGCAACUUUUUUUUUAUAGAGCAAGCCAAAUAUUGGGCAACGUUUACAACUUGACAUUUGAGCAGAUUGUGAGUCUUAGUUUCUGUCUUCCAAAAGAAGUUUGCUCAUCUUGCCUCUUUUUCAACAAAAAAAUCCAAUCUUAUAAUUAUCCAAGUCUUGUCAUAAAAGCGUAAUAACGGCUUCAGAAACAUGCUUGAAAGCUGAAUAAAAACUGUGAUUUUUUUGUGGGUUUAGAUUGUGGUUUUAGCUUAUUUAAUGGAAAAAAAAAAGAUGCUUAAUACAGUCUGAUAUAAGAAGUGAUCCUGUUUUGUGCUGGCCACAGAUGUCCCAAAUACUAGUUGAGUGCACUGAUUUUUUCAGCAUGUGAUGAAGCCAUCUGAAGUAAUAGUUGGAGGAAACAUCAUGUCCUUUGGUCAGUCAGUGCUCUGAAAAAUGUCAGCGUGGUCUUGCCUAAAAUCAUAACAGUUCUCUGUGAAAUGCCUUUCAGCAUAAAAUAUUGCUAUUACUGCAUUUGCUCAGGAUGUCUGAGUUACUCAUCCUUAAUGCUGACUCUCUGGAGGAAGAGGAAUGGGUUAAACUGAAGUGAGGAGUGGCCAUUCUGUCAUGGACACAAGAGGCUUUUUUUUUUUCUUCUUUUUUUAGCAGCUCAGUGAAGCAAGACACGAAACUCAAUUAUUUAAGGAAGGAGACACUGUGUCCUGCUGUAUUUUGCAUGUGAUAUAUGAACUAUAAUCUAUAUAUCAGGAGCACCUCAUUAGAUAUUCAAGAUGGAUCACACAUGGCAAGAGAAAUAUACUUUUAACCUAGAAAGGGGACCUCAUGCAGGUGGAAAGGCUGUGAUUCAUGAUCUGAGAUAGUUUUUCGGAGCUAAUUAAAUGCUACUGGUUCAAUUACUUAAAA